GGAAAACGUCCCGAACCAAUAGAAGGUCCGAACGGGUGCAAAGCUUUUCCAGGUGGGUCCAAACUGUUACUUAAUUUGUUUCGAUAACGAUUCCCAUUGGUGUUAGUGGGGCCUCCCGUCCACGGCCGCAUGCAAGGUAUGGAUCCCUCGAGCUUGAAAUCUGCGCCUAUGAGAUCCUCGCAUUCGGGAAAGUUUCGGGAAACUGUAUAAACCGUGACUAAAUGCGUCGCCUGCAGCCCCCAAACGCGGUCGGGUUGGAUGUCAGGAAAGUUUGCUGCUGCGGGUAUAUCUCUGCUGAUAGAACACUGCAGGAAUGCAUGCAGCAGGGCGUAUCGUGUGAUAUCACAGUUCCCCAGGUUCCUUGUUGGGAUCGCGUGGAGAGAACGGGAUCUCAACGCCGUGACCCACCAGGGCUUGUGAGAAUUUUCUCCCACCGCGGACUUCCUCAACAGCCUUUGCCCUUAUCUCCCAGCCCCGGUGUUCGGCGGAUGCGAGGAUAGUCUUAUAGCGUCUGCCACGGCCUCUUGGACUUCCUCUAUUUCAUCACUCUUGACCGUCUCUGUGUUCGACAGCAGAGGGUACCUUGGCUGUCUUAUAUACUUGACUGUCUUAUACUCCCCAUCUCUCGACGCUCCUCGCCCCGCAAUAGUCGUGUCAAGAUGUUGAUGGAAGGCGUCCCUCCACCGUCCGACCCAAUCGAGAACAAGCAUGGCGACCCCAUGUACGCGGAUGAUGAUUUGAAGGCGGAGCUGGACAACACCCCUGUCGAUGACCCAUUUGGUAAUGAGGCAACUGCGGAGGUCAAGUACAAGACGCUGAAGUGGUGGCAAUGUGGAAUGUUCAUGAUUGCCGAAUCGGUCUCCCUUGGAGUCUUGUCCCUUCCUGCUACUCUUGAUACGCUGGGCUUUGUUCCGGCGCUCAUCCUGAUUGUCGGUCUUGGUAUUCUCGCUCUCUACACUGGAAUGGUCAUUGGCCAAUUCCGCGAGCGGCACCCGCACAUUCACAACCUUGCUGAUGCCGGUGAAAUCCUCAUGGGUCGGUUCGGCCGUGAACUAUUCGGCCUGGGCCAGAUCCUGUUCUCCAUCUUUAUCAUGGGUAGCCACAUUGUCACCUUCACCGUCAUGAUGAACACGAUCACCGAACAUGGCACCUGCUCCAUUGUCUUCAGUAUUGUGGGCAUGGUGAUCUGUUUGGUCCUGUCACUGCCCCGUACGAUCAAGAACAUGACCUACAUCUCCAUCGCCUCCUUCAUUAGCAUCUUCUCCGCAGUCAUGAUCACCAUGAUCGGCGUCGGUGUCCAAUACAAGGGCGGCACCAACAUCUACGCCACCCAGCAGACAAACAUCUACCACGGCUUCACUGCCGUGACCAACAUUGUCUUCGCCUACUGCGCGCACGUCGCCUUCUUCGGUCUGAUCGCCGAAAUGGAGGAACCCAAGGACUUCAACAAGGCUCUGUGCCUGCUGCAAGGCUUCGAGAUCGCCCUCUACGUCACCGCCGCUACCGUCAUCUACUACUACGUCGGCACCGGCGUCGCCUCUCCUGCUCUCGGGUCCGCCGGCCCCGUGCUCAAGAAGGUCGCGUACGGUGUGGCCAUCCCCACCAUCAUCGGUGCCGGUGUCGUCAACGGCCACGUCGGUCUCAAGUACAUCUAUGUUCGCAUCUUCCGGAAGUCUGGCCGCAUGGCUAAGCGCGACUUCGUCUCCGUUGGUUCCUGGGUUGCUAUUGGCGUGACCUGCUGGAUUAUCGCUUGGAUUAUCGGAGAGGGUAUUCCUAGCUUCACCAAUAUUGUUAGCUUGAUUAGUUCCUUGUUCGCCAGUUGGUUCACCUACGGUCUCAGCGGCGUGUACUGGUUGCACAUGAACUGGGGUUAUUGGUUCUCGUCUCCUCGCAAGAUUGCCCUCACCAUCCUUAAUUUCUUGAUUGUUGGUAUUGGUGGUACUAUUUGCGGUCUGGGAUUGUACGCCUCCGGCAAGGCGAUCCACGACGACAGCUCUCGGGCCAGUUUCACCUGCGCCAAUAAUGCGGACUAGGCUUUGACUUUACUUACGGCAUUAAUUUAUCUGUCUGGUUUUUCUUCGCUUAUGGGUUGGGUUUCUGUUUCAGCGUCUGACGAUUUGCGAUAUAUUGUACGGAUGAUCUACGGCUGAUUCUGAUGGUCAUGUAUAUACUAUAGACUUGCAUUGAGCGUGUUGUUCUAGAUGUCGGUGUUUAUUCUUUUGUGUCUUCUUGUAUAGUGGUCUAGAGAUAUAAAUAUGUUGAUAUUGUUGUUCGGACUACGGCGAAU